AUGGCCAUUUCGAGGGGAAAAUUAACGGAGAAGGACAUCGACGAGGUGCUGCAGACGCACACGGUGUUCGUGAACGUGUCCAAGGGGCAGGUGGCCAAGAAGGAGGAUCUCGUGAAGGCCUUUGGCACCGAUGACCAGACGGAGAUCUGCAAGACGAUUUUAUCGAAAGGGGAGUUGCAGGUAUCGGACAAGGAACGGCACACUCAGCUCGAGCAGAUGUUUAGAGACAUUGCAACUAUUGUUGCUGACAAAUGUGUGAAUCCUGAAACAAAGAGACCAUACACAGUAAUCCUGAUAGAAAGAGCUAUGAAGGAUAUUCACUACUCUGUCAAACCAAACAAGAGCACAAAACAGCAGGCACUGGAAGUGAUCCGACAGUUAAAGGAGACCAUGCAGAUUGAGCGUGCCCACAUGAGGCUGCGAUUCAUCCUUCCACAGAAGGAGGGGAAGAAACUGAAAGAAAAACUCAAGCCACUGAUCAAAGUCAUCGAGAAUGAGGACUUCCACGAGCAGUUAGAAAUUGUGUGCCUUAUUGACCCAGGAUGCUUCAGAGAGAUUGAUGAGCUGAUCCGGUGUGAGACAAAAGGGAAAGGAACGCUUGAAGUGCUCAGUCUGAAAGAUGUGGAAGAAGGAGAUGAAAAGCUUGAAUGAAGAAAACCCUUCAGGAAUAGUACUUCUUUAACAACACUCUACCAAGUGACUGGUGUUAGCCUCUCUGUUCUGUUAGGCCUUCAUGUUGUUUCCAAUCUCUUGUUGCCAA